CGUGUCUUAAUCCCUCCAUAUUCUGACGCAGACGUCAGACUGCUGGAUUGCAGCAACAAUCGGCUGACCGACGUUCCCGCCAGCCUUUCCGGGAUGCGUUCCCUGGAGCAGCUUUAUCUCCGACACAACAAGCUGCGGCGGCUGCCCCGGGUCCCCGCCCCAGCACUGAAGGAGCUGUUUGCUGGGAAUAACCAGAUUGAGCAGCUGGAGGCGGAGCAGCUGGCCUGUCUGACGGCCGUAUCCCAGCUGGAGCUGAGAGACAACAAGAUCAGGAAGCUUCCAGAGGAAAUCCCUCCGCUGCUCCCUCUGACCAGGCUGGACCUCACCAACAACGACAUCAGCAGUCUGCCGGCGUCUCUGAGUCUGCUGCCCAACCUGAAGGUGCUGCUGCUGGAGGGGAACCCUCUGCGAGGAAUAAGGAGAGAACUUCUGGCUAAAGGAACCAGUGAUCUCCUGAAGUAUCUAAGAGGACGGAUUAAAGAGGAGCCUGAGGGAGCCGCUGAGGGACCAACUGCUCUGACUUUACCUUCUGAGGCUCUGGUCAACCUGCAGAAAGUCCAAACCCUGAAGACGUUGGAGUUCAGCAACAAGCAGGCGGCGGAGGUUCCAGAGCAGGUGUUUGACGCCGCAGCGCAUCAAGCUAUAAUCACCGCUGACUUCAGCAGGAACCAGCUGACCUCCUUCCCUUCCGGACUGCUGCAGUUCCAGUCCUCACUGUCUGACCUCAGCCUGGCCUUCAACAGACUGACCUGCUGCUCCCCCCACAUCUGCUCCUUCACGCUGCUCGCACACCUGGAUCUCAGGAACAACCAGCUGACUGACCUGCCGUGUGAAAUGAAGACGCUGCCAAAGCUUCGCUCCGUCAUCCUGAACUACAACAGGUAUUGCUGAAGCAGCAGCAACAGUCUGCAGAACGCCUGCAUGUCUGACUCCACAGGAAACACAGGAGCAGAAAUACAACCUGAGGAAAGUAUUCACGCCUCUGCAGAAUGAAGCAAAACAGCUUCAGUUCAUGGAGGUCUGUCCAUUAUAGAGCAUCUUAUCUAGAGUUCAGCCUUGUUUAGAGUAACGAGGCAGCGGCUCUCUGUCGUCUUUACCUCAAUCAUUCUUAGAAUCUGGUAAAAGAUUUCUAUAAACUCGCUCUGACCGG